UAUUUGAGGCACAGCACAGAUUUGCACCAUAUUUCUUCUUCCCGGUUCCCUCCAACUUCUUCAGCCAGCCACCAGACGCGUAUCAAAGGUCAGCGGAGUGAUGAGCAGCGGUCCGGCCUUAGAUUCAUUAGGUCCAUUGGAUUCUCUUCAACUCGAAAGCGGACUCUCUCUAGUCCCCCGAAUCAAGCUCCUCUUAACCGUUUUCCGCUCCGACAAAUCCGUUUCCCCAAUCGACGACUGGAAAGUCAAGCGUUCAAUAAUCGACUACUUGAAAAAUUCCCACUCAAUCACUAUCCCUGAUGAUAAUGACGACCUCCAGAUUCGAAAAUUCAAGGACUUGAAGAAGCGGAAACGCGAGGACCCCGUCGCUCGCGGCAACUUAGUGAUUCGGGAGCUAGGGUUUUUGUGGAAGACUUUAGGGGUCAAGAAGGAGGAGGAGAAUGAGAGAAAUGAGGAGUUGGAGAAGAAGUAUGCUGAGUGGAGGAGAGGCUUGGUGGAGAAAAUGGAUGGAAUGGAGUUGAAUUUGGAAGGGACUAAGUUUAAAUUGAGUGUGGCAUUGCCGGCGUCUGAUGAUUUUGAGGCGAUGAGGAAGGAUUGGGAGGAAAUGGUAGCUUUCGGUACUCGAGGAUACAGUAGAAGUAGCAGGCAGCAGCCUGACACGAUUAUUUUAAGAGGUGUACCCUCUCGGUGGUUUGCUGAGCCACGGGUGUCAUCUAAGCCCUCCAUGCUGGUGACACAUUCAAUAAUCUCUGCUUUUGGACAAAUAAGGAAUCUUGAUGUUGCUGAGGACAAUGGUUAUGGUGGGGAUGCAGAUGAAGAUGGAGUAGAAAUAGUUCCAGGUCUGCAGUGUAAGAUUGUUGUGAGGUUCGAAAAGUACAAGGACUUUUACAGUGCUUUGAAAUUCUUAUGUGGACGUUCAUUCCAGAAGCAAGGAUCACGUUUGAGGGCUGAUUAUGAGGUUACAUGGGAUAAGGAUGGAUUCUUCCGGAACUCGAGAACACAAACAGAAGAAAGAAGCAGAUGGGAGCCUGCUAGAGGGACUGGGUUGGGAAAUUAUAGAGGUGAAGCUCCUCGCCGUUCCUAUCAUGGGACUCUGUUUAGCCCGGAUGAAGCACGUCCAAAACGGUUCAGGGAAUGAAGGGAUUGGUGAAAGUCUUGGGACAAACGCCUUGACGUUCUCAUGGUUGUUUUGAAGGCUUUUUUAGUGGGUAAAGGUCACAUAUCAUACAAUUCAUCUGGCUUCCGUUGGGACAAGGGUUUCACUUGCCGUUUCUGCUCCGCUAAAUUGUCUGGUCCAAUUCGUAUCUACCAUUUGGUGUAACAGUAAAGGAAGAUUAUUACAAUUGCUUGACCAAAUAUUUAUAUAUUUUAAAAGGAAGACUUUGGCAAUUGCUGUGUGUAUUCAUGGAAGUGUGAAAAGGAAAAAAAAUGCCCUUCUUCCUUUCGACUUCA